GCUCUUUCCCUUUCUUGGGAAAUAGGAAAAGCCGCACGACUUUAAGGCAAUAACUGCCUUUUCUCUAUUUUCAAAAACAGUUUUAACCACUCGGGAACGCUACCAUCAUUAAAUUUACGGUUUCAAGAUAAACCCUAGACCUAUUAUAAAUAGGGGCAUGUUUGCCUCUAACUUCUUCUAAGGAAUUUCAAAAUUCCCUUGAUAAUUUUUACAAUAAUGGAGAACGAAAAUGUGACCCCCGUCGAUCCUGGCAGCCCACUGUUCUUGUCUGGCGACGGCUUCGAGCCGACUAGCGUUUUCUUUCCUCAUGCCGUGUUCCACUUCCCUUCGAGGGAAAAGAAAGAGGCUUACGACUUCAUAGACAAGGUCGUCGACAAAUAUCGCCGUUUGGGCGACGAGAGGCAGCGGCUGGGCCUCAAGAGGCAAACACUCGAGGCUCGCAUUGCUCAAGUGGAGAGGAAGGAACUUCGAUUCUAUUAUAGAGAUCCCGAGGAUGCUCCGGAUGUAUCUCCGUGCAAAAGGUCAAGUUUCGAGGCCAGUGAAUGCAUCGGUAUGGAUUUCAACCUUCGAUGUUCUGAGUCUAUGCCAGAUUUCUCCAGGAUCGGAAUGAUGGAUGAAGAUGUUCCAACUGUGCCAAGUAGGCGACCUUCCCCACUUUGCGGCUUCUUCAGAUCUCAAAUCCGAGCUCCAUGCGCUUUGAUCAAGGAUCUUCCAGAUAAAGACCAAGAGAUUGCGAUGGCCUUUAUCAAAGCGCUCGCAAUUCAACAUCGGAAGCUAUCGUUGGAAAAGAAAAAACUUCGGAAAAAGAUACAUAGAAUGCAACGCAGGGUCACUGCGAUAUCAAGAGAUCUUCACAUCCUCAGCUCUCACCCCGGAGAAUGGAUCGAGCUUGGAAUCUCCGAAUUUGCUCGUAUCACGGAUUGUAUGAUGCCAAUUCUUGACCUCGCUGGUCAAGGAGUUCAAGUGUUCUGUUCUCCGGGAGGAUUUCCCUAAUUCGAAGUGUGCGAAGAUCGACACUUUGUCUUGUUCGUUUGAAUAAAUGCUUU